AUGUUUUCCUGGAAAACAUUCAGGGUUGGCAGUUUCACCUCUUCCUCAGCGGAGAAGUCUGGAAGCAAAGAUGGAGGCAGAGCGGAGCGAGAAAUCGAAGCUGACGACGUCGGCUCACAACAAGUCUACUGGAUUGUGAAUUCACCAUGCACCUUCAACAACAAUAGGCGAGAGAAGCUGACACCAUUCCCCACUGAUACCCCCCCUCCCGAGCAACCCUCACCCCCACCGCACACCAGCCCUCCAAGCUGCACCCCCCUAUCGCACCCAGCCUUCACCCCACGCAAAUCCCCUCAACUGUCACCCCCACCGUCCCUCCUCCUUGCCCCGAUGCCCCCUCUUCCACACUGUUCUACACCCUAUAAUGACCCUGCCAUCGACAAAUACCCCAACCCCACCUCACCCCUCUCCAUUCCUCACAUCGUCCCUAUUGCCAUCCUGAAGUUGAUGCUUAUGCUGAUGUUUGAAUCCUGGAGACUAGCGAGGGCCUAUGGAGUGAAGGCUGGGCCUGCAGAGGCAGCUGAAAGUCAAGUGGCUACGGGGAGCCUGGAGAAGGAGGUGGGCUUGGUGAACGAGGCGGGCCUGCAGAACAAGGUGAGCCUGGGGAGCGAGGCAGAGGAGGGAGGAGGGCCUGCAGGAGGCGGUGGGAGGCGGGCAGGAGAGCAGGAGGAGGUGGUGGGAGGUGGGCAGGAGAACACAGGACUGCCGCUGUUGCCUCUGAGUUUGUCCUCUCAGUCAGCAGAGCCUGAGGAUGAGGGGGAGCUGCUGAUAGUGAAGGUGGAGGGAGCGGUUGAUACCGGAACCACCAACCACGACGCCUGCAUCAACAGCAGAGGAGAUUCAGACACCGGCACACGGCUCCCCGCCACCUCGAAGGAUGCCAGCGACAGACGGCCAGCCAGACGCCGCAGCGGAAUGGAGGUCAGUGGAUCCGACGUCAUCACCUUUGUUGUCGGCAGGACAGAUGAAACUGACAGCAUCAAUGACAAUACCCACAGUUCCCGGCCGGAGCUAACAGGAAGUGAUGUCAGAGCAGGGGACAGUGAGUCGCUGAACUUGGAAGCUGACAUGACGCCACACAGGAACACCUUGCCACCUUUCUGUGGUGAUGUAAUGGACAGUGGGAAAGAUAAUGAGGCCGCGUUAGACACCUCCAAGUCCUCCCUGUCAGAGGUGAUAGUCAUUGAUGUAGAAAAGGAGGUGGGGGAGUGUGAGUGGUCAGAUAUAGACCAGAUAAAGAGAGUAGCAGGCAGCGAGAGAGAUAGACAUAAAAACACUACAUCACCCAUUAUUCAGUGUCCUGGGUUGGAAUCAGCAGGACCCAGGUCAGUGCAGGGGAAGUCCUCUCUGCAGGUAGGGUCUGUUCCCCUUCGUGACACCCCAGGAACGUCUAGCGGUGGAACAAUCUCCAGUAUCAACUCCUCCAGUGACACACGCAGCGUGGCUCUGCACCGCCCCGCGAGCAACCAAAAACCCUCCUCCAGCAGCUUCCACCUGGCUUUUUACCACGCUGUUACCAUGGAGCGGCCGUACGGCUGCACCAGCUGCACCAAACGCUUCUUCCUGGAGUCCGACCUGCAGAAGCACAUGGCCAGGCACACCAGGGAGAAGCCCUACACCUGCCUGCUGUGCGGCAAGAGCUUUGUAUGCCAGAGCCAGCUGGACAUCCACCGCAACGUGCACACCGGAGAGAGGCCCUUCAGCUGCUCUGUGUGCAACAGACGCUUUUCCCAUCCCAGCAACCUCAAGAGGCACCAGAAGAUCCAGCACGGAACACAAAGACCAGACCUCCCACAACACUGCUGCACCAGUGUUUUACACCCUGAAGAGGACUAGACGAGGCUUUUUUACAGUACUAACCACUUCACUUUUUAACCAUCUGACUUAGUUUUUAAGGCUUUUAAGAGCACUCAAUUUUUUAUUAUGGAAGGACAUUAGUGCCAAUAGCAUCGUAGAGAUAUUGUGUUUAGAUGACAUUAAAAUGCAUGCAAACAUUUGGAGUUUGGUCGUGUUAACGGUGUAAAAUGAAAUGACAUUUUACGUGUUAAGGCAACAAAUACGUACAUGUUAAAUCAUUUUGGCAUGUUCAUACGCAAAUACCUGUCACAGCCAAAGCAUUGUUCAGUUCUUUUCCAAGAGGUGUGUUAGAAAGGAAGUCUGAAGCACAGAUAGUUUUGGCUAUUGCUUUUUCCAGCUGAAUAGUUCGUGUAGCACACAAACCAAAAUAUUACGCUAAGCUAUGGCUCAACAUGAGUGCCUGGAGUUAACUUUGCCAUAAUGAUGCACUGUUUAUUGCAUUCAUUUUCAAUACCUCUUCUAAAUCUUUGUCUGCUUGUGAUGUCGCCAGUCCUACCACUAGGCGUCUCUAUGCACAUUCACAUGUUUAUGCCAUCAAUGAAUAAAGAUGAGUAACCAAUACGGUUGUAAUUCCACACAAAAUACUGCAGCGGCAUCACCAACCAACAUCACCAGCUUUCUUCUGCUUCUGAAUCCCGUAAUAACGUGACCAAACUCUACAUUACCACGCAAUUUAAUGUUGUCUUAACAGAAAUGCUUUAUUUAAGACAUUAUUUAUGCAUAUGGUAUUUUAUAUUUUAUUGGAAACAGGACGAGAUGGAAGUAAUGCAGUGAUGAAGCUGUGAUGUUGCAUUAACUCUGUCCUUUGACUUGUCUGAGUGCUUUUCCAGUUUGUCUCAUCAUCCAAUCUGAAUCUAGUGCAGGGAUGGCAGACUGCCACUAGCAACGAAAAUUACUAUACAGAAAGGACGCAGAAAAAGCCAGCUAGUGACCACCUGGUUAUCUGGAUCUCCAUGAUUUGACACACUGACAUCAUCUCUAUGGACAAAGAAAAUACAAUCAGACCAUGAUACACUGUGAAUGAGCUCAUUUUAAGCUAAUGAGAAGAUUGUUCUCAUGUCAGAUCUGAGACAUCUGUAUAAUAAUGCAGUAACGAGGAAACGAGAAAAAAAAAACCACAGCAAUGAUUAUUAUCAGACCAGCUGUCACCCUCCUUUUUAUUUCCGGCUUUCAUUUAUGCCAGCUGCAUUUAACAACACUUUAGAGCAUGUGAGCAAAUAGGAAUCUAACAAGAGUCCCAACUUGACAUCUCAUCAUUCUGUCUGUGUCUGUGUGUCAGAUCUUCUAUAAUAUCAGAAAUGAUGAAAGGUAUAUUCACUGUGAGAAGAAGGACGAGCAUCUCUCACACACAAUGUGUCAUUAAUUAAAGCAUUAAAGGUCCAGUGUGUAAGAUUGAGGAGGAUCUAUUGGCAGAAAU